CCAAGAAGAAGUGACAUGACGUCACAGUUAAUUUACGUUGUUGUAAUUGGAGCGUGGCCCCGUUUGUUGAAGGCAUCUGCUCUGAGCUCAUACCUACGAAAAGCGACGUGUCGCGUCCCACCACCAGCUCACUGUGCAAAUAUGCUUCCCAAGGCAGCACCGGGUCAGUUCGGCCCAGAGGUCCAUGAGCCGGGCCUGCGGGUGUGGAGGGUGGAGAAGAUGAAGGCGGUGGCGCUGGACAGCUCGGAGGUGGGAGCCUUCUACAACGGGGACUCGUACCUGGUGCUCCACAACUGCGGCGAGCAGGGAGCCAACAUCCACAUGUGGUUAGGGCAGAAGUCGUCCGGGGACGAGCAGGUGGCCUGCGCCAUGCUGGCCACUCAGCUGGACGACUUCCUGCGCGGUGAGCCGGUGCAGCACAGGCAGGUCCAGGGCGGCGAGUCCUCGGAGUUCAUGGCCCUCUUCCCCAGAGGGGUCACCUACAAGGAGGGCGGCGUGGAGUCGGGUUUCAGGAAGCCUCAGGACUCGGGGACGGUGCAGAGGUUGUAUCAGAUCAAGGGCAAGCGUAACAUUCGUGCCAAGGAGGUGGAGCUGUCCUGGAAGAGCUUCAACAAGGGAGACUGCUUCAUCCUGGACCUGGGGGAGAACAUCAUCGUGUGGAUCGGGUCCCAGGCCAACAUCUUCGAGAAGCAGAAGGUGCGCGAGAUCGCCUCGCUGAUCCGCGACACGGACCGGCACGGGAAAGCCCGUAUCGUGGACGCGAACGAGGGGGAGGAGCCUGAGGAGAUGCUUAAGGUCCUGGGUCCGGCGCCAGCGCUGCCAGAGAGCACGCCAGAGGAGGACAGCAAGGCCGACGCCUCCAACUCCGCCUCCCUCUACAAGGUGUCCAACGCCUCCGGCUCCAUGAAGAUGAGCAAGGUGUCGGAGAAGAGCCCGUUCGCCCAGGACCUGCUGCUCCGCGACGACUGCUUCAUCCUGGACAACGGCGCCAACGGGAAGAUCUUCGUCUGGAAAGGCAACGGCGCCAACGCCGAGGAGAAGCAGGCGGCGCUGGCGAUGGCCGACAGCUUCAUGGAGCAGAUGCAGUACCCUGUGAUGAAGACGCAGGUGGAGAUCCUGCCUCAGGGGAAGGAGACCAUCGUCUUCAAGCAGUUCUUCAAGAGCUGGAACUGACCGUCGCACGGCGCCGCUCGGGUUUUUUUAUACGCACCCACACGUUUGUACAGACCGUUCCUGGACUAGAAGCAGAUGUGUCGCCACUUUUGUAAAGAGGGUAAAGAUGCAAAAUGAUUUGAAAAGAACCUUAAAUAAACACGUUUGGCUUUUGUUUUUUUACAUUUGCUCCAUUGAGGAAUAAACCUGCUACUCGCACAAGCA